AUGGCAGUACUUUAUGUAACCGGGCAACCGUUUAAUGAUACAACUAUAGAUGAUUAUCAAUUUUAUACCUAUCAACCCUUCAUUACUGGAAAACUCAAUUAUAACGAUGAAAUUCGAAUCCCCAUUCAAGAUUUAGAUGCCUACACACUGCCAUCAAAAAGUUAUUUGUAUAUUGAAGAAAAGUUGCUUACUGAUGCUGGAAAAGUACCAACUAAACUACAAUUUAUUAACAAUGCCGUAGCAUUUUUGUUUCGCGAACUCCGUUAUGAAUUAAACAGCAUCGUAAUAGAUUAUGUAAGAGAUAUAGGUCUUGUAUCAACCAUGAAAAAUUAUCUGAGUCUUAAUGAAAACGAAAGUGUACGAAUGUAA